AUGGCUGCCACAGACGACAUUGAAACCAUGGCAAAGUCCAUGUCUGCGCACUUCAAAACGCUGCCGCAGCAGACACCCACGUUCGAAAAAGACUUCAUAGACGUCUCGCGAGGAGUCAUGAGACUGAUUGCCGAGCCGCUGGUCAAUGACAUUGGCCUCAAGGGCAAAGUCACCGAGCCUGUGAAGCUGCUGGACAGUGCGUGUGGAGCUGGCGUGGUGACGCAGGAGGUGCAAGCUGCGCUGCCUGAUGAGAUUCUUCGGUUGAGCUCGUUUACCUGCUCGGACAGCUCUCCGGCCAUGGUGGAUGUGGUGAAGAAGAGGAUUGUGAAUGAGAAGUGGGUGAAUGCAGAGGCCAAGGUGCUGGAUGCCAUGGACACUGGCCUUCCGGAGAGCUCAUUCACCCAUGUGGCGAUUGCUCUGGGACUUCACAUCAUCCCAGACCCAGAUGCCGCUGUGAGAGACUGCAUGAGACUGCUCAAGCCAGGCGGCAGAUUCGGCGCUUCCACAUGGCCCAAGAGCAACAGCACCAUGUUUUGGAUCCCAGACAUGCGCGAGGCAAUAGGAUCCCUCCCCUUCGAUGCGCCCAUCCCAGAUCCAAUGCCCAUGCAAAUGCACAAGUCCGGCCACUGGGACGACGCAGCUUGGAUCGAGGGGCAUCUGAAAGAGCUGGGGCUUACCAACGUGACCGUCAAGGAGAACCGGGGCACGUACAGGGUUGAGAACGCAGCAGACUUUAUAAAGUGCUUUGGAAUGAUGCUGCCGUGGGUGAUGAACACUUUUUGGAGCGAGGAGGUGAAAGAGGCGCAUUCGGUGGGGGAUGUGAGGGAGAUGAUCAGGCAGCAUCUGGAGAAGAAGUACAACGGCGAGGGAUGGGAUAUUGAGUGGCUGGUGAUUACCAUGUCUGGAACAGUGGAUAAAUGA